GCAAGGCAUCUAGAUGGUGACCAGACAGACACCGUAUGUGGCCUGUCUUCCAGCAUACCUAUAUACUCAAGGUACAUAGGAACCUAAGUAGAUACAUAGGACGAUCAGCUUAUGCGCGCUCGUGUGUCAAAGUCGCACGGCCAGAACCUUAUCUGGGCCCAUCGAGCCCAUCGAGCCCAUCUCACUCAUUAUUAUUAGCUCGCCCUCUGAGGCUCAACCUUCUCUGCCGACGCCCACCCUCAUCUACCGCCCGCUAGUCCGUGCCUCGGAUCGCCAGCCUCAGCCGCUACCAUGUCUCACCUUCGGCUCCCCAGCCAGAACCAGCUGGCAAGACGAGGCUCUUCAGAGCUGUGUACGCCGGGCCGGGCCCAACAAUAAGGUGGACGGGAUGGAUAACCCUGACGACGACGACGACGACGACGACGGAGCUGAAAUAUUUCUUUCCUGGCAAGUGCCCUUUUCACGACAGUGUCGUUGUGAUGCGCUCCGGCGGGCCACACCACCCACCUCCCGCAGGCCCUGCCGCUCCUGAUGAUACAUACCUCUUCGUUGUAAUGGACCAGCCCAUGCCUGGCAUGGCCGGCGCCUGCAAUUGGCCUUGUUCACCGAGCCGCCCGCCCGAAUCAAAGGACCCGGUCGAGUUUGGUUUUGGCAUACCGGUCCCGGCAAGCCCGCCCGAAUGCGGGAGGGUCGGUGGGUUGCUGUGUCUUUGAUAAUAGGAUCGCGCCUCCUGCUGGGGCUCACAGAUCCGAUAUGAGAUAUGCUCCAGCCCAACAAGAUAGAGGCAAAGUGAAAGCAAGACACCCAAGACUCGACUGCUCGCUCGUCUGGAUGCCUAGGCCCACCUCGAGCAUGGCGUCAAAAGAGACACCCGAGUCUGUGGCCACCCUCGGCUUUAGCACCCUGCCACCAGUCCAAGAUGAAGCGUCGGAAGAUGACACCCUGCAGAGAAUACCCACGGUCAUGAGCACGGCAACCGUGGAAAUUAUCAACGACAAGCCCGUGUUCCGCCCUACCCGGGACUUCGUGCUCGCCUUCAGCGCUCUGUGUGUUCUGGGACUCGCCUGUGCCUUUGAUGCGACCACGCUGUCUGUAGCCCUCCCUACCAUGAGCGCAGCCCUGGGCGGGACAGCGCUCGAGGCAUUCUGGUCCGGCACGAGCUUCCUGCUCGCCUCGACCGUGCUCCAGCCCACCGUCGCCUCCCUCAGCAAUAUCUUCGGUCGCAAGCUACUCAUCUACCUGUCAUCCGCUCUCUUUGCCGCCGGCUCUCUUGUCGCUGCCCUCGCCGGAAAUUUCAGCGUCAUUCUUGCCGGCCGUACUGUUCAGGGCGUCGGCGGUGGUGGCCUCCUCGCCCUCACUGAGGUCGUCAUCACCGACCUCGUCCCGCUUGCCUUCAGGGGCCACUGGCUCAGUGUGCUGAGUGGCGUCUGGUCGAUUGGAACUGUCACCGGCCCGCUCAUCGGGGCGGGUUUCGCACAGGAUGUCACCUGGAGGUGGAUUUUCUACGUCAACUUGCCUGUGAUAGCUGUCGGGAUCGUGUUCGUGGUCCUGUUCCUUCACCAGACCCCAAUCCCUGGCGACAUCAUGAGCAAACUCCGCCGUUUCGAUUGGUUUGGCUCUCUUCUAUUCACCAUCAGCUCAACGGGAUUUCUCUUCGGGCUCACCACAGGCGGCGUAAUGUAUGAAUGGGGUUCGUGGAGGGUGCUGUUACCCUUGAUCAUCGGGCCUUGUGGGUUGUUUGCCUUUGCCUAUUGGGAAUUCCGCUUUGCCUCUGAGCCCAUCAUUCAUAAGGGCGUCUUCAAUAACUGGGAUAUGCUUUCGUCAUAUGCUAUGACCAUGUGCCACGGGAUAAUUCUGUGGAGUAUACUUUAUUUCCUGAUUCUCUACUACCAGGGCGUCAAGCUCUACAGUCCCGUCAUCUCUGCGGUUGCCUGCCUCCCUGAAACCCUGACAGUCGCGCCCUCAGGACUUGUUGUUGGUAUUUUUGCUGCCAAAACAGGACAUUAUCGUUGGUCCAUCUGGAUCGGCUGGGCACUCACCACGCUUGGAGCCGGGAUCCUACUUCUCCUAGAUGCAGGGACCUCAACAGCUGCCUGGGUUUUUCUAAACAUCCCGAUCGGUAUCGGGACAGGGAUGCUCUUCCCCGCGAUGGCUCUCAGUAUCCAGGCCGCCUCGGAGCCCGCUCUUAACGGCGAGGCCGCCGCCUUCUUCGUAUUUAUUGUUAGGGAUAACUAAUCAGGCCGACGGGCCUACACUACUACCUUCCCCAUAGCUUCCCAUAGGCUAGCUUCUUCUCCAAAUAUAUAUAUAUAAAUAAAAUACC